CUAUAAAAGUUGGAAGCAUAGAAUGCAUUGCCAUCAGUUUCACUGCAAGUGUUUUAGAAAGAACAGUAAUUGCUAAUUAUCAGCCAAUAUACUAAUAUUUAUAUAACUACGAGGAAAAUUUCGAAUCAAAAUGAACUUCAACAAAGUCUUCAUCUUCUUGGCUGUGGUGAUCGCUAUUUUUGCCGGCCAAACGGAGGCUGGUUGGCUCAAGAAGAUCGGCAAGAAAGUUGAGCGUGUUGGUCAGCAUACCAGAGAUGCCGCCGUUCAGGGGAUUGCUGUGGCGCAACAGGCCGCCAAUGUCGCUGCUACUGCCCGUGGAUAAUUUUUUAUUAGUUGCCGAUAACAUUUAAAUUACAGUUAUAAACUCAUUUUGUGCAAAUGUAUCAUGGCAUUUACUUCAAAAAUAUUUAUUUAUUUUAUAAACAAACAUAUUUUAAAAACAACAUUUAUAUUAUUAAGUUGAGGAAGAAAUUUMGAAUAAAUUGAA